UGUCCCGCCCAUUCCAUCCCAUCUGAUUACAUUUUACAAGAGCGUGUGCGAUGUAAUGGUGGUUGUCACUGACGAACGUGAAUAAAAAAAAGCCGGUGGACACAGUGAAGAUAAGGACACUAAACCACGUCAAAAAACCUUGGCCGCUGUACGGGAAUAGCGGGAGAUAGUGGAGCGUGCUCACUACUCUUUCAAACGCGACCGACGCCGCAAACCACGCAGAAUAUGGCGGAGCAGCACACAGCCACGGACGGCAAGCACAAAGCGUCUCCGAAUGCCGGGGGAUCGCUGCAUGGUAACAGCCGACCCAACGCCGUGGGUGGAGGGGGGAAAGGAGGCCUCUCUGGCGGACUGGCACAGCCAGCGGGGUGGCAGUCCUUACUCUCGUUUACUAUUCUUUUUCUGGCCUGGUUGGCAGGCUUCAGUUCUAGACUUUUUGCAGUGAUCCGGUUCGAGAGCAUCAUCCACGAGUUCGAUCCAUGGUUCAACUACAGGUCAACACAUCACCUGACCACAAAUGGGUUUUACGAGUUCCUCAACUGGUUUGACGAGCGGUCAUGGUACCCCUUGGGGAGGAUCGUGGGGGGCACAGUAUAUCCAGGUUUGAUGGUCACCGCAGGCCUUAUACACUACGUACUGAACCUGCUCCACUUGACGGUGCACAUCCGGGAUGUGUGCGUCUUCCUGGCGCCCGUGUUCAGUGGCCUGACAUCCAUCUCCACCUUUCUGCUGACGCGGGAACUGUGGAACCAGGGGGCGGGGCUUCUGGCUGCCUGCUUUAUCGCCAUUGUUCCCGGGUACAUCUCCCGCUCGGUGGCCGGCUCCUUCGACAACGAGGGCAUUGCCAUCUUCGCCCUCCAGUUCACCUACUACCUUUGGGUGAAGUCGAUCAAAACCGGCUCGGUGUUCUGGUCCAUUGGCUGCUGCCUCUCCUACUUCUACAUGGUGUCAGCAUGGGGAGGAUACGUCUUCAUCAUCAACCUGAUCCCGCUGCAUGUCUUUGUGCUGCUGCUCAUGCAGCGCUACAGCAGGAGGGUCUACAUCGCUUAUAGCACUUUCUACAUCGUGGGCCUGGUGCUAUCCAUGCAGAUCCCCUUUGUGGGCUUCCAGCCAAUUCGAACCAGUGAGCACAUGGCUGCAGCAGGCGUGUUUGCACUGCUCCAGGCAUACGCGUUGCUGCAGUACCUGAAGGACAGGCUCACCAAGCAGGAGUUCCAGACCCUGUUCUUCCUGGGGGUGUCGCUAGCUGCUGGGGUGGUGUUCCUCACCGUCAUCUAUCUCACCUACACUGGUUACAUUGCUCCGUGGAGUGGGCGAUUCUACUCUCUGUGGGACACCGGCUACGCUAAGAUCCAUAUCCCCAUCAUCGCGUCGGUGUCGGAGCACCAACCCACCACCUGGGUGUCAUUCUUCUUCGACCUCCACAUCCUGGUCUGCACCUUCCCAGCAGGCCUCUGGUUCUGCAUCAAGAAUGUCAACGACGAGCGCGUCUUCGUGGCUCUCUAUGCCAUCAGCGCGGUCUACUUUGCCGGGGUGAUGGUGCGCCUGAUGCUGACCUUGACGCCGGUGGUGUGCAUGCUGUCGGCCAUCGCCUUCUCCAGUGUGUUCGAGCACUACCUGGGGGAUGACAUGAAGAGGGAGAACCCUCCCGUAGAGGACAGCAGUGACGAGGAUGACAAAAGGAGCUCAGGGAACCUCUAUGACAAGGCAGGAAAGGUGCGUAAGCACGUGUCUGAGCAGGAGAAGGCAGAGGAGGGCCUGGGCCCCAACAUCAAGAGUAUCGUGACCAUGCUGAUGUUGAUGCUGCUCAUGAUGUUCGCCGUCCACUGCACAUGGGUCACCAGCAACGCCUACUCCAGUCCUAGUGUGGUGCUGGCCUCCUACAACAACGAUGGGACGAGGAACAUCCUGGAUGACUUCAGGGAGGCCUACUAUUGGCUGAGGCAGAACACAGACGAGCACGCGAGGGUUAUGUCUUGGUGGGACUAUGGCUACCAGAUAGCAGGCAUGGCUAAUCGAACCACCCUAGUGGACAACAACACAUGGAAUAACAGUCAUAUAGCACUGGUGGGCAAAGCCAUGUCGUCCAAUGAGAGUGCCGCGUACGAGAUCAUGAGGAGUCUGGACGUGGACUACGUGCUGAUCAUCUUCGGGGGCGUGAUUGGUUACUCGGGCGACGACAUCAACAAGUUCCUGUGGAUGGUCAGGAUAGCGGAGGGAGAGCAUCCCAAGGACAUUCGGGAGAGUGACUACUUCACCCCUCAGGGAGAGUUCCGUGUGGACAAGGCCGGCUCGCCUGUCCUGCUCAACUGCCUUAUGUACAAGAUGUCCUACUACCGCUUCGGCGAGAUGCAGCUGGACUUCCGGACACCGCCUGGGUUCGACCGCACCCGCAACGCCGAGAUCGGCAACAAGGACAUCAAGUUCAAGCACCUAGAGGAGGCGUUCACUUCGGAGCACUGGCUGGUGCGCAUCUACAAGGUGAAGAAGCUGGAGAACAGGGAGCCGCUGGAGCACAAGCUCCGCAGCAUCGUGCCCAGGCAGAAGUACACCGCCAAAAAGACUGCUAAGAGGAAGCGAGGACACAUCAGGAAUAAGCUGGUCCUGAAGAAAGGCAAGAAACUAAACAAGAAACAAUGAAGAUGGACACGACACAAAAAUAAAUAAAAAAUAACUAGCUAAGAAAACUACCAAUGAAAAAGAAUGCCCAUUGUAUGGAAUGCGAGCACUUAGCCUCGAGGGCUAGUCCUCUGAGCGCAGCACCCCCUGUGGUGGGGAGGGUGAAGUGUCAUGUCUGGCUAGCCCCAGAACCUUUGUCCGUUUUAUCCAGAGGAUCUUUUGUCAUGCUCUUUUCUUCUUCUUUGUACUUGAAUGUGUGGCAAGGCACUGAGCUGCUGAAACCGGGGUGAGCGUACAUUUUGUGGUACAUUUAACUGUUAUUCUAGAGAGGGGGACAAAACAAAGAAAGGAAACUGAGGAGGCUGGGAGCAAUUGCACCAAAGAGCCCUUGAUUUAGCUCCUUGGCACAUGUAAACAUGUUUCUUUUGUGAGGGUGAGGAAGCAUUGGAAUUGAGGACAUUUUCCUGACACGCGUACGGAGGAAUUCCACUGUCUAGGCCCAGCUGAUUUACUUCUGAUGGUUACUUUUAAUCAUUACUUUGUUUUGGCCCUAAUUUGUGGUUACCGAGACAAUUCUUUAGGAAAUAAAAGGCCUAAUAUGUAAAUAUGUUAUGUAAAGAAAAUGUCUGAUAGGGUUGUAAUAUAUUGGAUUCUUGUGGUGAUUUUUUUUUAAAUACGCAGAUUUCUUCUCUUUACUUUGUUGUGAUGUAUUUUUCUGGCAGCAGCUAGAACAGUGAAUGCAAUAAUUCUCCUUAGGAGGGACUUGAGAUUUUGUUUAAAAUGAAUGUGAAUUUAAGAAAACCCCCCCCCCGGAAAUUGCUUAGAUUGUAUAUUCUGCUGCUAGGUUUAAAAAUGUAAGCAAUUCUAUAUUUAAAAAAAAGUUUUGAUUUAAUAAAGAGGCCUCCACCCUGCGAGCCUAUUGCCUCGUUGCUGGUCUCUUCGUCACCACGUUAGUAUGUCCAUCUGUCUUCUCAUAGUCAUUUUUGCCUGCCCACGUACACAUGUUUAUGCUGUUGAGUUAAUGUAGCCAAGAGUAGGGUAAUGCAGGGAAGUGUUGAAGAUGGCUGCCAGUGAGUGGACAAAGCAGUGGUGCCCUCUGUUAACACUACUGGGCCUGUUGUUAAAAACCUGUGUUGAACACUGAAGGAUCGUAUGUUUGGGGGGGGUGAUGCAUCAGAUGGUCUACACAUAAACUUUCUAGGAAUACAGAGUUUUUAUUUAAUUGACAUCUUCAAUCACUCAACAGUUUACCUCUUUUGUUUGAUACUUAUUUUGCGUUUCCUUUAAACGCAGAAGUGAUGUCAUUUCACCUUUUUGGAUAUUAAAAAUGGCGCUGUUCGUGUCUCUUGAGCUUCUCUGAGAGACUGCAUUGUCACUGCUUUCACUUAAUGGCCCUCCAUACGUCAUAUCGACCUUGCUCAAACACACACUCGAGAAACUUAUGUUAAACUGCUUAUAUCAGAGAUUUUCAAUGUGUGUGAGGAGACGAAGGGAUUGGAUUGAGCCUUAAUGUGAUAUAGAAAGUGUACAGGUUGUUCGCCCUCUUGUUACCUUGUUUAUUAUGUCUGGUUUUAUUGGGGAUGGUGGACUAGUUCCUUCUCUUCUGGGUUCUCAAUGCCUUCUCUUCCUCGCUCUGCCACACCACUACAUUGAUUUUUAUUUUUAAAUUUUAUUUUUAAAUCUAACAACCCUGGUCCCCCUCACCUUCCAAGUUAACAUGUUUAAAUGUAGAGUAAAUAAAAGAUUCAACUUUGUAAGAAGAA